CGGACAGUCGCUUAAUCGUCCCGUUCGGUAAGAAAGUCGCCGGUAACGAUCAAUCGCGAUAUCACGUCUCCGGGUGCACGUAAUUUUUGCAACAUCCCAAUUAGCGAUACUUUGCAGUUGCCCGUGGAAAACCGAAUGUAAAAAAGGAUAACCGCGUGCGGCACGGAUUCCCCCAAACGCUAAAAAAAUCCAGCCGAUCGCCACGGAUUUUCAGUCAGUAUCGUUCGCGAGUCGGAUUAGUGUACCCACUCCGACGAAAACUUGUAACACCGAAUAAAAAAAACGAUCUUAAAUGUAAAUGUAUAAAAUCUUCAAUGUCAAACGCGAGAGUGGAUUUUUCAAACGACGCGAUGGUGUUUCUGACCUUCUUCGCGACUAUCUUGAUCGCGUUUUGUGACGGGGUUGAUUUUGUUUACCCCGAAGACCCCUACAGAAGAGGCAGUAGCGAUUAUUAUCAUCACGGUCACCAUCAACAUGACCAUCGUAAUUACGGUGGUUACGGUACCCGUGACGGAGGAUCUUACGUGAUCACCGAAGAUCCGAGCGUGGACAAUAAUAACAUAGGGAUACCGGUGGAUUUUGCGAAAAACCUGAGCGAGUAUACCGUGUCGGACUUACUUUUGAAUUUCGUCGAUGGUCCCGAGGAUUAUGACAAACCCCUUCUCAUCAGUACCCGAUUCGGGGAUACAGAUGAAUCGAACUCCGAAAGAAAUUCCGCAAUGAUACCCAAACCUGCAAAGUGCAUGCCCGAGCUGCAAAGCGUUAAAAUCGCGGAGUCCCACAGCCCCAAUGUCCUAUAUAUACCCCAAUGCACGAGGGUCGAACGAUGCGGAGGCUGUUGCUCGCACGUUUUGCUCUCCUGUCAGCCCACGAAAACCGACACAGUGACAUUUCAAGUUAUGAAAACCGAGUACACGGGAGCCAAAAAGCUAAAAUAUGUGGGUAAGGAGCUCAUUUUGGUCGAGAAACACGUCUCAUGCAAGUGCCACUGCAAAGUUAAGGCCGAAGACUGCAAUACUUAUCAAGAGUACCGAGAAGGUGAAUGUAAGUGCGUGUGUAAAAACCUUGACGAGGAGAAAAAAUGUGCAAAAUCGAGUUCUAAAAAAUUAUGGAACCCUGACGUGUGCGCCUGCCAGUGCCGCGAAAUCAUGCCCUGUUCAACAGGAUACACUUUCGAUUUUAAUGAGUGUCGAUGCAUCCCGGCACAGGUCAAACGCAGGUAUAUUUUGACGACAGACGAAAAUCGACCAGAUGAGCCCCUCGACUGAUCAUUUUGAACGUAUAUUUACUGUAUGUAAUACAUUUUUUUAGGUGCACUGUAGU